AUUUCAAUUGCUAAUUUAUGCACAUAUUUUUAUACAUAUAAGUGCUCUGCACUUGCUGCGAAAAGGGUGUGUUAAUAAUAAGAAAUUUUGCUGUCCGAGGAAUACAUUUAAUCAUUGUUUUUACUACAUUUUAAUAAGCCGAAUGGGAAACUGCAAAAACACAUUGUGUGCCAUGGUUGGAUUAUAAAUGCUCAUCGCAAAUCUGCGUUGGUUUAAUUUCUAGUUUUAAUUCGCCAAUUUUAGAAUGUAAUUUUAAGUGGGCAUAUAAAAAGCGAACAUUUUUUAAAACCCUUUUACGCAGCUUAUUUCUGGCGUUGAACAAAUAUGAAUUGAAUAGCAAUAGUAAAUAAAGAAUACAUAUUCCCAGCACAAAGAAUAAAGAAUAAAUUCAAUCGGUGCGCACAAAGAGCUUCAAGAAUGUAGACGUUUAGAGACUUCAAUUGCGUUGCUGGCAAAUAAGGGAAAUGCAUUGUGUUAAAUAUAAUAAUAACUUUGCUAGCUCAUAAGCUUUCCCUUUUACUUGUGCUUAAAACACAUCUGUACUUAACUUUAUUUGUACAAAUGACACACUGUUUUCCGUUUACCGCCGCCCACACAAAAUCAAAAUCAAAGUCAAGGUCGUUCCGGGCCACGCCCCUUCGCCCACCGUAGCUGAUUAUGUUUUGAUUGGACGCAGGCUAAAUUAUUUGAUUAAUGGGAAAUGCCAGAAAAUAAACAAAAUUUGCGGAAAAUGUCACAUUUGCAAAUUGGAAAAUACUCCCAUAUUUGCACCAGCACACGAAUAUAUCAGCUUUGAAAUGCAUAGAUACAUGUAUGUAUCCGUGUAUUUUGUGUUUUUGGCCGGGCAUUACAGAUACAAUUGUAUAGUACACCCAUUUUGUGGUCAAUGUAGAAUUUAAUUUGGCAUUUCGUUCUCGAUUAUGUCGCGACUUUUGUUUAUGACUUUUAUGCAAACUGACAGCGGAUGAUUAGUGGGCGUGGCCCUGUGCACUCGAUGGCCUUGAUUCGCCUUGGCAUUAAAAUGCAAAUGACAUUUUGCUCCUUCGACUAAGCGGAGGCAACGCGUGCGGAACGUGUGAAAGGAUCCUCUGCGGGAGAAGCAGAAACAGGAGCUGGAACUCUUCAGCUCCUUCUCCGUCUGCCGGUGCAAAUAGUUCUCCAACAGUUGACAGCGACUUGGCAUUCAACAAUGUUCCAAACGCGUGUCUUGACCGGGAUUGCGGUGACUGCUAACUCGAAAGGCUUUAAGUUGUCGGCUUACAGCUUUAGCUUCAAUUUUCAAGAGAGGGUCACAUUGUUGUGCGCAACUGUUGCACUGUGUACGCUGGUCAUUCUGGGAAUCGCGCCUUUCAACCGAAAGUCCUUUAAAAUAUAUAUAAAGUAUUCAACUCGCUAUUUAUGUGGUACAUUUCAUUCAACCUGCUAUAUAUAACAUAUCGUUUCGAAAUGGAUUUUGAAGACUUCUUUGGGUGCAUAGCCAAUAUUACAUUUUCGUAACUGUGACAAUAUAGUUUUCAUGGCUUACUCCACACUGGAUCCUAGUGGCCCUGUGGUAACCCUUUAGAAUCAGAACCAGUUAUUCCACUUGGUCACACUAUCCUUUUUUUUUUGACAAUUAUAAGCAACUCGAACGGAACGGAUCGACUAGACGCAAUUGAUGUUUGUGAUCCCAUUCAAGAAGCGCCCAUCCAGGCAGUUUCCGCUGUGCCAACUGCCUCGGAGGGGACCUGUCCUAUUGGUGCGCCACUAUAAGUACAAGCCCGCCUUCCGUCCCAUUGCUAAGGAGCCCAGUACGGAGCCAUUUGAUCCCGUGAGGAUCGCGAUGAAGAAUGCGUGCAACAAGCUGAUGGGUCUGCUGCACCACUUCAACGUAGUGAACUCCAUAGUGGUGGGGUCCCAAUGCAGACGCAAUCCCUUCCACCUCGUGGUUCCGAUGGACAUGCCAUACGAGGAUAUCGAGACUGAUAUGUUUGAGGGCAUUCAGGGUUGGUCCGAUAUCGAUGUCUCCGACGAACCCACCGAAGUGUAGGGGUCGGUGCUCCACCGGAACUCGCGAACUGAACUCCCAGUUACCUUGAAACGAGGCCAAAAAUAAAUAGCGGGAUUCUCAAUCUAUCGGCUGUUCUUUCAUGUUGUUUCCAAGGGGUGAGAGGGAGGGGGGUUAGCGGAAAUGUGAUUAACCUCAGCACAAUGCAAUUUGAUUAAGUUCGUUUAGAUCAAAUUGAACGCCACAGCAUCGCUGGCGUGGAUGCGGGCCCAUUGCUCAGCCCUUGCUGCCUAAUUAAGUCCGCCGUAUUCACAUGCUAAGCCGCCCUCAAUCAAUUUCGGCGACCAUCCAUUCAAGCCCCAUCCAUCCAUCCAUCCCCACCACCAUUCAUCGGAACCCUUCAGCGGUCUGCCAAGGUCGCACGCGAUGAAGCCCCCUGACAAUGAAAUUGAAAGUGUUUGCCGCAGAGUCGCCUUCGUUGCAAAAAAAAAAAAAGCAAAAAAAUAAAAGUAGAGAACUAGUGAAUGGAAGAGCAAGCACCAUCGAAUUGAUGUGCCACGCAGCACUACGAUGGGUCCGCUUCCAAGUGGAUGGUGCCCAUGCCGGUGUCCGGCGUAGAACUCGACUCUCGACUACGGCGGCUUGUUUGGAUUACGCUCUUUUUGGGGGGGCUCAGUUCGUUUUCGCCUCGAGCGCAGUCCGGGCGAUUUUCUCCGCUUUUAGUGGCCAGGAUUCGAUUAUAGUGCGUCUGUGCCAAGAUCUCCCUGCUCCUAAUCCGCUCACCAACUCCCCAGCGACUAUUUCUUUUUGUUUUUUGGAUGUCUGCAAGUGUGCUUGUGUGUGUGGCUGGCAAUUAAAGUCUUAAUUAGACGUAAACUCGUGUCGGAAGUGAAAUGCGAAUUGCUUUGUCACAGUGCUCCGGACAGGCUACACUGGUCAGCAAAACUAUGACCUGCUGGUUCGGAGAGCUCAGCUGUGUUCUAUAUUAAUAUUAUUAAGCAGAGUUUCCUUCGAAAGACUUAGGACUACUUACCGAUGAUAGGUUCAUAUAGUUGAUAUAUGUAUGUGCUAUAUUUUAACAACUGAAAUGCGAGAAGAUAUUUGAAACCAUUUAUGCAGCUUGGAAUGUAUUGAAUGUAAACUUUGCUUUCUAAAGAAUAUCAAUUCAAUCCGCUCACUUGCCACAGACCUGCGUGUGUUAUUGUGGCAUAUGUAAGUGGACCCAAUAAGUGUCGUAUAACUUAGAGAGGUAUUUCUGUUGGCUUGCCCCGCCAAUUUCCAUUUCCUGUGCAGCCCAGUGUUUCAGCAACACAUGUGCAGCUCUUAUGUCCACAAAUGUGUUUGUGCGUGUUGGGCACUGGCUAUUUGGUUUUGUGGUUAUGCUUAUUAAGUCAAUUAUCGCCCAAUUGCGCCGCCCUGGACCACGUAGGUGACCGCUGCUCGUUGGUCGGGGGCUUUGAUGAUGCGAUACUGGAUAGUGCCCCUCCAGCUCCUCCAGCUUCUCCAGCUUAUCCUGCUCCUCCUAUCCAGCUUCUCAUGAGCCUUGUAGCCACACCUCGGUUGUUUUUGUUUGGCAUUUUGAUUUUAAUUGGAGCCGAAACACCAAAGGACGCCUAUAAGAUUCUGACACGACCUUGUGGCUGAAUUGAGUUUUCCGAUGUUUGUUUGUGUGCGAGUGUGUGUGUGGUAUUUAGGAAAUGGAGAGGGGGCUUACCUUUGGCCUUGUAACAUAAAUUGUCGAUAUGCUUAUAAUUGAAUUUAAAGAGCCCUCACUUAUCAAUUGAGAGCCCGGCGAUGGCAAGAGCUUAGCAUCAACAAUCAGGGCUUCUUGGCACUGAUUGAUAGCCCAGGGAUUACUUGAAAAAAAAAAAUGCAAUUAAAGUAACUUGUAUUUGGGAAAAGAUUGCCUUUAAGCACGGAAGUCAGCAUAUUAUCUUUGCAACUUUAAACACUUUAUACACUCGGGAUAAGAGCUCUUCAUUCCUUCUUCAUGCCUGGUCUAAAUAUAAUUAAAUUAUUUGCUUACUUUUUAAAAUAACUCAAAUAGAAGCUACUUCAAUUUCAACCAUCAGAAGUCGUUGAGAGUCGUUAUUAGCGCUUUUGCGCAAUGGUUAGUGAUAGGUUUAUCAUUACCGAUGGCCUGUUUGCCCAGGCGUUAACUGAACGUAUAGAAUGAAAUAUAAUAUAAUGGAAUGGAAUAGAGCAGAAUGCUCCUGCUGCUGCCGCUGCUGACCUGACCCUGUAACCCCACCUGCCGAUGAUUGGCUGCCAAUUGUUGUCGUCCGUCGUCCGUCGCCUGGCGCCUGUGUUGUGCCCCACAGCCGAUUUGGUCAGUUAUUGUGCCCCUGACUCGGGUUUUGUUUCGCCUCCAAAAGGGGCAGUGGCACGUGGCAGCUGCAGUACGUCAGCAGCUGGAGCUGAAGUGUCUCGAUAGCCAGCUUCAGUGGGGAAAACAACGAUGCCAAUGGUGAUGGUGACGGUGAUGAUGAUGAUGAUGACGAUGGAGGGCUAGGUGCCAUUUGCUGAUGAUGUUCUAAAAUAGAACUGCAACAGUUUUACUAUGGGGAUUACGUAGCGUGACGCAUACGCAACGUUGCACGUGUCCAAACAAGCGGUCACAAACACAUACAUACAUAUAAAGUAUAUCAAAAACGGGGGAAUAAUGGUCAGUCGAUGGAGCGCGGUAUGGGAAAUGGCAACCAAAUUGAUAAACUUGCAUUGCCAUGAUAUGAAUUUUGAUUUUACAAGCGAAUGCAAUUUGGCCAUGGCCAAUUGGGUGAGGUGGGGGUGUUCUAGUUGAGUUAUGGCCAUUAUGUGCUCCCUGGGACGAAGUGGCGGGGCAAAAGAAUCAGCUAAAUCUAAUCAACAGCAGCAGCACAUGGCAUAAUAAACCUUCUGCUGCUGCUCCUUCCGCUGCUGUUGAUGCAGCAAGGACGUGGACAGCUCCACUUGACAAUCCUUGACGGGCAAUCCAGACCAACUGGCAGGGCCAAUCCUUUGGAGGGGAAACGACAAACGGCGAAACUAGUACAGCGAUAAGCAUUCGGCCAUAAAUUCCCAUUUUCGACAGCCAGCAGAAGAAUAAGAGGGAAAUUCGCACUUGAGCAAAGCAAUUUCCACCGACCAUCGACCACUCUUAGCACUUUACCCAUUUUCAUUUUGCUGUCCGGGAGCGUAAACAAGUUAACAAUGCAUAAUAAUAACAACUUGGGCAACGGCAACUGUGCUGGAACUUUGAAUGCCACUGGCUGCUCCCGAAUUGGGGAUUCCCCGGCUGCAAGUGGCAGUGGCAGUGGCAGUAACAGUGGCAUGUCCCAGACAGCUGUCACGGUCACUAAGAUGCCGCCAGGAGACGGAGCAACUGCAGCCACCUCGAAGGCGGCCUUGUGGUGGCCACUGCAGCAGCCACAUCAUGCGUAAGUCUUACAGCAACUUGAGCACAGUGGCCACUCGUUGCAAAGAACUAAUGCAAAUCGUAGACUAUUUAAUUUCUCAAUAGUUAUUGUAAUGCCGGAAAUUAUGCCGAAUCAGACAUUAAUUAGGAAAAUUAAGAAAAUAGAUGCGAAUUUGUGAAAAUAUUGGUAUAUAUUCUAGGAAAUCCGUGGUUCUUUUGUAAAUUUCCUUAUGCUUUAAGAAUUAAGCAGGCUGUCAAAAAAGUAUUCUAUUCUAUAAGUUUUCAAGAAUUACUUUACGAAUUUGAGAUCUAAGACGAAUUAUUUGGCUCCAACAUAAUUAGAUAGUCUUAAUAAUAUGUUGAAACUACUUUUCAAUCAAGUGUGUACUCUAAUGUUAAAUUUUGAAAUACCCAAUUGAUUUGUGCAAUUCACGGGCUAUUCACAUAUAAGAGUACCACUCUUUUACGAUCGUUUGUCGCUCAAUCUGAUGAUUUUUAACGACGAAGUACUAGGAUCCCAACAGGACUUCUUAUCCAUAAAGUUAUGAUGUUGCCCAGAAUUUUCGGAUUUGGAGCUCACAAUGCUUUUGUGCAAUUUACGAAAAUGGAAAGAUCUAGUGUUCUUGGGGUUUCAAAUGAUGAGGAGGUCCUAGUCGAGCAUUUUCUGCCACCUUUCCAACUUUGGCCAUUAUGAUCCUGUUUUUGCAAAUCGGAAAUCCUUGAAGCCAAGUUAGCCAAGAAUCAUAAAACGUAUCGAUUGCUAUAAAACUUUCAGAGCUCGUUGCAAAUCAAAUCGGAUAUAUGUAUUUAAUGUGCUGAUUCUACUCUUGUGGUUAAAUUAUAUUAUAAACUUAUUAUUACCAAUAUUACCAGUACAAUUUGCGUAUUUCUCGAAAAACAAACAAGUGAUUAAACAAUGUUAUUCUCCUCCGAGGGCCACCAUUCAUGUUUUGCUAUUUGCCAGCAUAGGUACAAUGUAAGCGCCCCAAUUCCGGCCAGUGUGAAUGGACCGUUUAUAAUAAAAAUAUAAUCAGCUAAAAACAAAAAAAAACACCUAGUAUUCAAUGUGCACUUUGAGUGCGAGAGAUGCUAAUGUGUACCGAUGACCUUUCGUCGUUGGAAAACGUUGAUCGCAUCGCCAGGCGGUGUAAACAAAACACUGGCAAUCAGUUCGUUGACGCACUUGAGCAUUCCGCCAAUGGAAUUGAGAGCUCUGAAAUUGCAAAACAGAGUUUCGCUGUUUGUUAUCAAUGCAAAUGGAAGGCAAAUAUCCAUUCCACAGCCGCCUAGGCAACCGUACAUAAGUAUGUGUCGACACGCACUCGUAUGCGACUUUUCUCGCAAACAUUGCUCAUACGCCGCGUAUACCCAAAAGGCGAAUGAUGAUGGCAGCCACGCAAGUUUCUCUGUCAUCACAAUCAAUAAUCUGGGCACUCAAUCUAACUAUUUCACUAUUUCCCAGGCACUGGCUGCGUAUUUUUAGAUGCGCGGAAUCCGCGGUCGCAAUUUAAUUGACGCGCAAUCCUCUGGCAGUGACAAUUAACCCAUACAGUCGCCGGAUUAGCAAAAAUUUCAUUUAUGCACAUAUUGGCCUAUUUUUACCACCAACGAUCUCACAUUAAUCCGUUUAGUCUGCUCUCUGUUUUUUUAUUUUUUAUUUAUUAUUUGUUUUGCGGAAACAUUUGAUGCAAUCGGCAAAUCUGCGCCUUUUGACCUCGAAUUCGUAAUGGUUGCCGGUUGCAAAUUUAAAUACCUUCGAAAACACUCUUUGAAUAAUGCCGAAUAUGCUUUUUACAAUCAUUAUUAAGCCUAUAUUACUGAAAUAAACUAAUUUAGCCUUUAGGCAUUCCUCUCGCAA